AUGUUAGCAGCUGUUUUAUCGGAAGGUCUCAAAAACAAGAUCUCAAUCACCGACUAUCAUAAUGAAGUAAGCGAUUCCUUCUUCGGAGUUGAUGUCAGUGGUUUGGCAAAGUCUUUAUCUCAGUCGGAUCUCAGAGAUUUAUCAUAUUUCGCUCGUUCUGAGUUCAUCAGUAGAGGUAUACCAUUCGAGACCGUGUCACUAUCACCAGAGGUGGCCAGAGACUAUGGCUUAGGCUCAAGGUUAGCCGAUUUUCCACUAACCGCAUCUUCUAUUUUAUAA